AAAGCUAAUGCAGUUUCAGUUGGUGUAAAUGCAAUUUCAGUUUAAUCUUGAAUUAAAAAUCUUGCAAAUAUUCAGCUUCAACAAAUAGUUUAUCAUAAUUAGUCACUAUCAAUACAAUGCGCAUUGUCAUUUUAAUUCACCUGUUUUUUACCCAGGUGUCAGUUCGUCUGUUUUGUUAUUUAUCACAGUAUGUUAUUUUUCCUCACAGGCUGUCACACAAUAGGUCUUACACGUCGUUGAUCUUCCUAAAUUCUUCGAACAAAGACCUUCUCUCAAAAGAACUGUUUCGAAAAGUACCACGAUUUGGACCAUAAAGUAGGCUACGAAACAUAACGACAGAAUUAGGCACAUAGAUCUCUGUGCGAAUAAAAAGGGAGAGUGCGCUUCAAGUGCAUUUAUCCAGAGCUGUUACAACAUCUAUUGAUUACCCAUUUCAUCACGGCGAGUUUUUAGGAUCAACAAUUGGCGAAACUGUGAAACCGAACAGCAAGCAAUACAAAGUGCAGUGGCAGUUCAGAUUUUCUAUUAUUUAAAAGAUACCAAAACUGAGAUGAACAGAAGCGAGAAUUGUGUGUGGCUUCAGGCUUUUAUACAGACAUUGUUUUAUUCCCUUGUGCUAUUAAAGGUAACCCGUUUAAUCUGUUUAUUUCAGAUAUCUGUAUCUUAUUUCACUUCAAUUUCAAGACAAGAAGAAUUUCAGAGGAAUUCAAAGACAGUUAUUCCGUUAUUCUCCAUUACGUACUUUCUGGCCAUUAACAUUGCAGUUAAUUCAUGUCUCAGGUGGGACUGUGUGAGAAACAAAGUGUGGGUGGCCUUGGCUGGUGUUCUCUCUACAGGCCUUGCUGUGCUUACCAGUUUUGGAUUGCUUCUCUUCUGUGGGAUGCCAUUUUCAAUCCCUGUUGCCAGUGCCCCUUUUCUCAUUCUCGGUAUUGGUGUGGAUGACAUGUUCAUCAUGAUCUCAUGCUGGCAGAGGACGAGGGUUCAUGACAAGGUAGAAGAUCGCAUGGCAGAGACGUACAAGGAGGCAGCUGUCUCCAUCACCAUCACCACUCUGACUGAUGCCCUGGCCUUCUACAUUGGCCUCUUGACGCCUUUUCGCUCUGUACAGUCCUUCUGCAUGUACACCGGAACAGCCAUCCUCUUCUGCUACAUCUACAACAUCACGUUCUUCGGUGCCUGUCUGGCGCUGAAUGGACGACGAGAGAGAAGCAACAGACACUGGCUGACAUGCAGGAAGGUUGAAACUCCAAAUGAAGACAAGAAGAGCAAUGCCUGCUCAGUUGGUGGUACUUAUGACCUUGAGACAGGUGCAGAGGAGAUUAUGCCAAUCAAUGUCUUCUUUAAAAAGUAUUAUGGACCAUUCUUGACUACUAUAUGGACCAAGGUGUUUGUGGUUUUUCUCUAUGUAGGGUAUCUGGCUGGUAGUAUUUAUGGCUGUUUUCAAAUGGAAGAGGGCAUAGAUUUGAAAAAUCUAGCACCUGAUGAUUCGUAUGUCGCUAGCUAUUAUGACAAUGAAGACAGAUAUUUCUCAUCUUACGGCCCCUUUGUCAUGUUAGUUAUUAAAGAUGAAAACUUCCAGUAUUGGGAGACAAGUGCUCGUGAAAACCUUAACGUGUGCCUGAAAGAAUUUGAAUCAUCUGACUUUGUUGCCAAAAACAUGACUAUAUCUUGGCUUGAUUCUUAUGAGCGAUAUGGAGCUUCUACUGGUUUAGAUAUUUCAGAUAAAAAUGUAUUCAUAAGAAACUUGACCACAUUUCUUAAUAUUAGAGGUUUCUAUCCGGAUGUUAAUAUUUCUAGUGGCAAAAUACUGGCCUCUCGAUUAUUCAUCCCCAGUAUUAACAUCACCACUGCAAUUGAUGAAAAGAACAUGUUGAACUUUUUCAGAGACACAGCUUCCACUUGUGGGCAAAACAUAGAUCUGUUAGUCUACCACCCUGCCUUCAUUUACUUUGAUCAGUAUGCAGUCAUUGUUAGAAAUACUAUCCAAAAUAUUGUAGUAGCUACUGCGGUGAUGCUUGUAAUUUCUCUUCUGUUGAUUCCACAUCCUCUCUGUUCUCUAUGGGUGACCUUUGCCAUUGCCUCUGUAAUAGUGGGUGUAGCUGGUUUCAUGGCUUUGUGGGAUGUUAAUCUAGACUCCAUCUCUAUGAUCAACCUGGUAAUCUGCAUAGGCUUUUCUGUGGAUUUCUCUGCACACAUUUCCUAUGCUUUUGUGUCAAGCAGCGAAAAAACACCCAAUGGGAAAGCCAUAGACGCUCUCUACAACCUUGGGUAUCCAAUUAUACAAGGAGCUGUCUCUACUGUUGCUGGUGUUGUUGUCCUCUCAGCAGCAAAGAGCUACAUAUUCAGAACAUUCUUUAAGAUCAUGUUUCUAGUCAUCUUGUUUGGGGCCGUCCACGGCCUUGUGUUUAUCCCAGUGUUUCUAACAUUCUUUGGAGUUUGUGGCAUUAGCAGUGGUGUUGAAGAUGAAAAGCCUUCAAGGACACAUGUUGAUACCCCUGGGGUCCAGCCAAUGACUAUUAGCAACACUACACAACAGCCAGGGCAAAGGCCAGGGCACUCCCAAAUAAUGAACAGCACGUCCUUUAAUAGAAGGCUGCCAUGUCGACCUGCAAGCAUUCAAACAUCUGCACAUUUUUCCUCCCAUAAUUAUCCUGACUUUCCGGGUCAUUCAGCUGGCAUUAAUUCCACACAAAACUCUGACUACAGUAAAGAUCCUGACUGUCCUUAAGUUGUAGUUACUUUUAUACAGUGCAAAUAUAUUUUUGUAUCUUUAUAAAUUGCCUACUUGACUACAUAAAGACUUUAGACAGCUUCUUAUUGGGAGGAACUGGAACUGUGUGUACAUUAAUGUACUGAUUUGAUAUACACAGCAUAAUGUAAUAAUCAGCUUC